UUUGGCGAAACAGAAAAAAAAAAUCGGUUACAUUUAGAGUGGCUACUAUUUAGGUUUGCUUCGUCACAGCACCAGAAAAACAGAAGAUAAAGCCUUGUGGAGUCGCCUUUUUCUGAUCGGAUUUGGUUGUUGCAGGACUGUCAUGCAAUCACGGAGAUACCUGUCUGUGAUGUCAUGUCUAGCAGAAUGUUAGACCGUGAAUUUUCGUGGCCAGAAAUUUUAGUUUGUAAAUAAUAUGGUUCAAAACAAGUCGAAUUAAAGCCUCACAUCAUGAAGUUAGUCCAUCGUGAUAUCGACAAAGGGAUCGGGUCUGUUACUUUGGUACCCGAUGAAGCAGAAGAUAUGUGGCACGCGUAUAAUCUAAUUCAAGUUGGAGACACUCUUCGAUCUACAACAAUAAGAAAAGUCACUACAGAAUCGGCUACAGGAAGUGUUAAUGCCAGUAAAGUAAGAACAACAUUGACCAUUCAAGUAGAGACCAUAGAUUUUGACACACAAGCUUGUGUGCUGAGGGUCAAAGGGCGGAAUGUAUGUGAGAAUCAGUAUGUGAAGAUGGGAGCUUAUCACACCUUGGAUCUUGAGAUGAAUAGGCCAUUCACUCUUUCCAAACAGGAAUGGGACAGUGUGACCCUUGAGCGCAUUGAUAAUGCUUGUGACCCCACACAGACAGCUGAUCUUGCUGCUGUGGUCAUGCAGGAAGGCAUUGCACAUGUCUGUCUUGUCACCAGCAGCAUGACAUUAGUGCGUGCUAAGAUAGAAACUGCCAUACCGCGUAAAAGGAAGGGGCUUUGCGAUCAACAUACCAAGGGCUUGAAUAGAUUUUAUGACCAAAUAAUCCAAGCCAUCUUGAGACAUGUCAACUUUGAUGUUGUCAAAUGCGUGUUGAUUGCAAGUCCAGGCUUUGUCAAGGAUCAGUUCUGUGACUACAUGUUUGCUCAGGCCAUCAAACAGGACUGGAGGAUCCUGACAGACAACAAGGCCAAAUUUCUGCUUGUGCAUUCUUCCUCAGGCUUUAAGCAUUCGCUGAAAGAGGUUCUGUCAGAUCCCAUGGUGACUGCUAAACUUGCCGACACAAAGGCUUCAGGAGAAGUGAAAGCUUUAGAUGACUUUUAUCAGAUGCUGCAAUCUGACCCUGACCGAGCAUUUUAUGGGCUUAAACAUUGUGAGAGGGCUGCUGAACUCCAGGCUGUGGAAACACUACUAGUGACAGACGAAUUGUUUAGAUCCCAAACUGUUCAGCAAAGAAAGCGUUAUGUGGCACUUGUAGACAGCGUACGUGAGAAUGGAGGGGAAGUCAAGAUCUUUUCAAGUCUUCAUGUAUCAGGAGAACAACUAGGACAGUUAUCGGGCAUAGCUGCCAUCCUGCGCUUUCCUAUAGCUGAAAAUGAAGAGGAAGAUUCUGAUGAAAACUGAGAAACGGGAUUUCAGCUGCCAUGUGUUGUUGACUGUUGACUGAUAUUAUUUCUGGCAAGUGUUCACACUUAUAUGGCCACAAGUCUUAGUAUACAUGCAUUGAGAUGAAGACCAGAUACAAGUCCUGUUCUUUAUUGCUUCUGAUUCUGCAUGCUGCAGCAAAUUUGAAAAAAAGUCUGGGACAUUUUUAAUCUGUUGAAUGGCUAGGAAUUGAGGAUUCAGAAAAGUCUUUGAAUAGUUGUUGCAUCUCCAUGAAUGACAUUAUUUAUAAAGGAUACAUUAUGGAUAAAUCUGGACUUGUGGUAGUACAAAGUAUUUGAAAUA